GCUCUGCUUUCGCUGUGAAGAAACUUCUGCUUGAAGGAUGUCUGCAAAGAAAGGGGACACUUUGUGCGUCUUUAUCAAUGGAAAAAAGGUGACGGAGGAGCAUGCAGACCCUGAGACCAUGCUGUUGUCCUUCCUCAGAGAGAGGCUCAGGCUAACUGGAACCAAGUCCGGUUGUGGGGGUGGAGGAUGUGGGGCGUGCACUGUGAUGGUGUCACGCUACCAACCUGCCACCAGAACCAUUGUGCAUUUCUCAGCCAACGCCUGCUUAAUGCCGCUCUGUCAGCUCCACGGAGCUGCCGUCACCACGGUGGAGGGCAUCGGGAGCUCCAAGACCAGGAUCCAUCCCGUUCAGGAGAGGAUAGCGAAGGCUCACGGCUCCCAGUGUGGCUUCUGCACCCCGGGGAUGGUGAUGUCCAUGUACGCCCUGCUGAGGAACAAUCCACAACCAACCAUUGAGGACAUCACCCAGUCUCUGGCUGGAAAUCUGUGCCGUUGCACUGGAUACCGACCCAUUGUUGACGGCUGCAGGACCUUCUGUCAGGAAGCAAACUGCUGCCAAGCCAAUGGUGGAACAAACUGCUGCCUCAGUGCAGAGAACAGUACCAAAGAACCUGAAGAGGAAAAACCUCAGCUGUUCGACAAGGACGAGUUUCUUCCACUGGACCCCACCCAGGAGCUGAUCUUCCCUCCAGAACUGAUUUUGAUGGCAGAGGCGUCAAACCCACAAAGACUCACUUUUUACGGGGAGAGGAUGACUUGGGUGUCUCCCAUCUCGCUUGAGGAGCUGGUCCAGCUCAGGACCAGACACCCGGGGGCUCCACUGGUCAUUGGCAACACCAACAUAGGUCCAGACAUCAAAUUUAAAGGUGCUCUACAUCCACUGGUAAUCUCUCCCAGCAGAGUCAAGGAUCUGUUUGAGGUCUGUCAGACACCAGAGGGUGUUUGGGUUGGAGCGGGCUGCAGUCUGACUGAGGUUCGCUUUCUGUUGGAGAAAAUGGUUCCUCAGUUCCCAGAGGAGAAAACGGAGCUGUUCAGAGCCCUGAUCCAGCAGCUGGGGAACCUGGGGAGCCAGCAGAUCCGUAACGUCGCAUCUCUUGGAGGAAACAUCGUGAGCGCAUACCCCAACUCUGAUCUAAACCCUGUUUUGGCUGCUGGGAGCUGCAAAGUCAGCGUUGUUUCCAGUGAAGAAAAACGAGAAGUUCCUCUCAAUCAGGCUUUCUUUGUCGGUUUUGGCAAAACCAUCUUGAAGCCAGAGGAAGUAAUUGUCUCAGUUUUUAUUCCCUUUUCCAGAAAGGGGGAGUUUGUUCGAGCUCUAAGACAGGCACCCAGGAAAGAAGCCUCUUUUGCCACAGUGACAACCGGGAUGAGGGUGUAUUUCUCCAAAGAUUCCAGAAUGGUUCAGGAUGUCAGUAUUUACUUUGGCGGAAUGGGUCCGACCACCGUUCAUGCCACCAAAACCUGCAAAGGCAUCAUGGGAAGGCCGUGGGAUGAAGAGACUCUCAGUCGGGCCUAUGGCGUCCUCCUAGAUGAGCUGGUCCUUCCUCCUUCAGCUCCUGGAGGGAAGGUUGACUUCCGUCGGUCGCUGACUCUCAGCCUGCUCUUCAAAUUCAACUUAGACGUCCUGCAGAAACUCAAAGAAAUGAGUGUGAUCACAGAUGAGCUUCCUGAAAAGUUGCUGCCUUUACCCAGAGAUAUCCAUCCCAGUCUGCAGGAGUUCCAGCAUGUGCCAAAGAACCAAAGUGAUCAGGAUCCAGUAGGUCGUCCCAUGAUGCAUCGCUCUGCAAUCAGCCAUGCCACGGGCGAGGCCGUGUACUGCGACGACAUCCCCAGGGUGGACGGCGAGCUCUUCCUCGUGCUCGUCACCAGCUCUCGAGCACACGCUAAGAUCACUGGGCUGGACGUGAGUGAAGCCCUGCAGCUUCCUGGAGUUGUUGAUGUCAUCACAGCCAAAGAUAUUCCUGGGAAAAAAGCCCGCGCUAUGUUUGGUUAUGAGGAGGAGCUGCUCGCUAUGAACGAGGUGUCGUGUGUUGGUCAGAUGGUUUGUGCCGUGGUCGCUGACACAAAGUUGCACGCCAAACGAGGAGCAGCGGCCAUAAAGAUCAGCUACGAAGACCUGCCGGAUCCUGUUUUCACCAUUGAGGACGCUGUAGAGAAGUCGUCUUUCUUUGAGCCUUUGCGAAUGAUCGAGAGAGGAAACGUGACUGAAGCUUUGAAAACCGUUGAUGGGGUUUAUGAAGGAGAGAUUAGGAUCGGAGGCCAGGAGCAUUUCUACAUGGAGACUCAGAGCAUGCUGGCUGUUCCUGUCGGAGAGGAGAUGGAACUCAACGUCUACGUCUCCACUCAAUGGCCGACCUUAAUGCAGGUUGCGAUCGCAGAGACGUUGGACAUCCAGUACAACAGAGUCACUUGUCACGUCAAACGGCUGGGUGGUGCUUUUGGAGGCAAAGUCAUUAAAACCUCCAUCCUGGCCUCCAUCACAUCUGUGGCUGCCUGGAAGACCAAUCGUGCUGUGCGCUGUGUCCUGGAGCGAGGUGAGGACAUGUUGAUCACAGGGGGCCGUCAUCCUGUCCUCGGAAAAUACAAGGUGGGUUUCAUGAACGACGGACGAAUCGUGGCUGCAGAUUUCCAGUACUACGUCAACGCUGGCUGCGCUGUGGAUGAAUCUGUUCUGGUUUCUGAGAAGAUUCUGCUUCAUUUAGACAACACCUAUAACAUUCCCAACCUGAGAGGUCGCUCAGCCACCUGCAGGACCAACCUGCCCUCCAACACCGCCUUCAGGGGCUUCGGAGUGCCGCAGAGCCUCUUGGUGGUGGAGAACAUGGUCAACGAUGUGGCCAUGGUUCUGGGACGCCCUGCGUACCAGAUUAGAGAGAUCAACAUGUACAAGGGGCCAUCAGUCACACACUACAAGUUCGAGUUCAGUCCGGAGAACCUGCUGCACUGCUGGGAGGAGUGUAAGCUCAGGUCCGAGUACAGCGUCCGCCUCAGAGCCGUCGACCAGUUCAACCAGCUGAACCGCUGGAAGAAGAGGGGGAUGUCUAUUAUUCCCAUCAAGCACGGCAUCGCGUUCGCAGAGGGGUUUUUAAAUCAGGCUGCAGCUCUAGUCCACAUUUAUAAAGACGGCUCUGUUCUGGUCACUCAUGGCGGGACGGAGAUGGGUCAGGGGAUCCACACCAAAAUGCAGCAGGUUACGAGCCGGGAACUUGGCAUCCCAACCACGAAGAUCUACAUCAGCGAAACCAGCACUGGCACGGUUCCCAACUCGUGUCUUUCGGGUGCUUCCUUCGGCACCGACGCCAACGGCAUGGCGGUCAAGAACGCCUGUGAGAUUCUGUACCAGCGACUGGAGCCGAUCAGACUUAAAAACCCCAAAGGAUCAUGGGAGAGUUGGGUCCAAGAAGCCUUUUUGGAUAAAAUCAGUUUAUCAGCCACUGGAUUCUUCAGAGGUAAGGACCUCUACAUGGACUGGGACAAGAUGGAGGGCCAGCCGUACUUCUACUUCACAUAUGGAGUGUGUUGUUCUGAGGUGGAGCUGGACUGCCUCACGGGAGACUACAGGACGGUUAGAACUGACAUUGUGUUCGACAUAGGCAGAAGUCUGAACCCGUCUGUGGACAUUGGUCAGAUUGAAGGAGCUUUCACACAGGGUUUGGGUCUCUACACUUUGGAGGAGUUGAAGUUCUCUCCCUCUGGGUUCUUGUACACUCGAGGUCCGUCUCAGUACAAGAUCCCAGCAGUCUGCGACAUGCCUCUUCAAUUCAACGUCUACCUGCUGCCAGACUCUGACAAUCCUCACGCCAUUUACUCUUCAAAGGGAAUCGGAGAACCUGCCCUUUUUCUGGGCAGCUCAGUGUUUUUCGCCAUCAAAGACGCUGUGGCGGCGGCUCGCUCAGAUUCUGGUCUCGCUGGGCCAUUUUCUCUUGACAGCCCAGCAACUCCUGAGAAAGCAUGCCUGGCUUGUGCCUCUCCGUUCAUUCAGAAGAUUCCAGCCAGUAGAUCAGGAUCAUUCAAACCAUGGGCCUUAAACAUCUAA